AUGAAGAACAAUGUAAACAAGUUAAUGGGACAAAAAACUUAAUGACACAAGCUAUAUGACAUCCGUAUUAUGGAGUAUAUUAUAGGAUGGUAAAUUAACCUCAUUUUAGUUGGGGAUAAAAUUUUUCAUACGUGUGGAUAAAACCGUUAGUUCUAGUUUUUAUCUCAAGCUACUACUUUCAUUUUCUUACAAUAAUAAUACCUUCCACAGAACCUCUUUAGCUUGUCCAAAAGGCACACACAAAAUAAAUAAAAACAUAACAGUAACAAUAACUACUAAAAAUAAAAGGAAAUCCAAUAGAAUAAAACAGAAUCAUGCACCAAAAUAUAGGUGAUUGAACAAUAAUACACGUAUGAUUACGUUAUCGUGUAACCUAAGUCACACUAACAAAUUAUUUUUGUACAAGGCGGUGGGCCUUUGUAUUUAUACACAACUGCCAAACUAGUUUCUUGUUCUCUUCCACUUAAUUCUCUCUUUCUCUUUCUCUCUCUGCCUAAAACAUAUAUAUAUCAAGUUUAAUUACCACUUUAAAUUCAUUAUUAUUGUAACCUUAACUACUAAGCUACUUAUUAAUAAUAAGCUCUUAAGGAAAUCAAAACCUCUCUCUUCCUUUUUCCCCCAAACAUUUAAGACAAAAAAUAUUUUGAUUCAUUUACAAUGAACAACGACAUGCUUUCCUCAAAGAGCAACAAGAUUUGGUGGUCCAAGGUUAAAUCUUCAUUUUCUUCAAAAUAUGGAAAUUCAAGGAAAAAACUAGGGAAAGAGGCUAGCUUGUGUGGGAAGCUAAAUGUGAAUGAAGAGUACAAGGGAGUAUUUCGAACACAAUCAUACAUGGAAAUUUGGAGCAAAGCUCAAAUUCAGCUAACAGGAUUACAAAAUCCAACUUUAGAUGACAAGCUUUCUUCUUCUCCUUUAACAUCACCUUCACCUCUGUCUUCGUCUCCGCCUCCGUCUCCAUCUUCCUUAACUUCAUCAUCUCCGCCUCCCUUUUACACGCAUCUCACGGAACUCCUCCUAGAGCCGCGACAAGAGGCUGUGAUUGAUCUCAUAAAAUCGUCGAAUCUUCAAACCCUUCUUGUUGACUACUUUGAUGCAAGCCUUGAGGCUAGCAAUAUAUGUGAAUCUCUCCUAAAAGGAAUCCAUAAAACUCGGUCUAACCACCGGUUUAUCAAAAGGGUGCUCAAGUUAUCUGAGCAAGGAGAUGAACAAUGUCAUGAAUUACUACUUCAAGAAUUAGCUUCCUUCGCAAGCUUAAGCAAUCCUUUGUUAGAAAUCAUUGAUGGCACGGUAGACUUUCGUAUGAUCCAUGAAAAUUACUCUCAUCUUCUUCGAAAGUUGACCUCAAGGAAGAGGAAAAUCAAGAGAAGGGAGAAAUUUACGCGGUUAUAUAAGAAGGCAGCUGGUUAUGGAUUUGUGAUCACAUACGCGGUGUUUGCUAUCGCGUUGUUAGCCUUAGCAAUGCAUAGCAUGGUAGGACUAUUAGGGGCACCAGCCUUAUUAUUGCCAUUGUCGAAGGGUGUGAUGAAGAGUGUACACGGUGGAGGAUCGCUUAAGACGAGCUUCCUUAAGCACCUAGGGUCACAACUAGAUGUCGCGGCUAGGGGGAUUUAUACCUUUAUCAAUGACUUUGACACGGUAGGGAGGCUCGUGACACGGCUGCACGAUGAGGUUGAGCAUAAAAGACAGGUUGCUAAGAUGUGUGUGAGAAAUGGGAGGAACCAUGAAGUGAUUAGGGAAGCACUAAAGGAUAUUCAGUUGCACGAACACGGGUUUGAAGAACAAAUGGAUGAGCUAGAAGAACAUAUUUACUUGUGCUUCUUAACUAUAAAUAGAUCAAGAAGAUUAGUUCUUCAAGAAAUAUUAGCCCCUUUGAGUUGAUACCACAAUGGCAGCAUUAUAGCAAUAUCUCUGCUCGCGCUAGCUGCUUAGUGAUUCUUUGGAUAGAAGUUAGCUAGCUAGUAGGACAAUUUUUUCAUUGAUGUAGUUACAAAAACAAUACAAUUCUUGAUUUUUAUUUAUUCAUUUAUUUAUUUAUUUAUUUAACGCUAGUUAG